UGAAGAACAGGUUUUUCUAGGGUUCUUGUUCUCAAUACAUCAUUCUCUGUUAUUCUCUAAAAUCAUAUGGUAUCAGAGCCAGGUUGGCUUAGGUACUGAGAGUGAGCUGAUUCUUCCACUCCAUUCAAUGUUCUUCUGCCCUGUUCAAGAAAGAUGGACAGCAACAAAGUCAUUUCAGUUCCGAUUACUCUCAAGGGAGGAAGCAACUACUUGCUGUGGUCUAGACUGGUGAAGACCGCGAUUGGAAGACUAAGGCUAUGGAGUCACAUCACAGAUGAGGCUCAGAAAAAACCAAUGACCAAAGAAGAUGAAGACAUGAAAGCAAAGGAGCAAGCUUUAACUGAGUACAAGAGGUGGGUACAGGAUGACCUGAUGGUGCUAUCCGUGCUACAAGGUUCUCUUGAAGUUCCCCUCCUUGAAGCCUACAGCUACUGUGAGACUCCUAUACAUGUAUGGGAGACACUCCAGAAGACGUUUGGUAAUGAAAACAACCUUAGCCGAGUGUUUGAGUUGAAAGGAGCUAUCAACUCUCUUGCGCAGGAUGGUGAAGAGUUCACCAAACAUUUGGGAAAGUAUAGAUCUUUAUGGUCUGAAUUUGAAAGCCUCAGACCCAACACCAUCGAUCCAGAGGUCCUUGCUGAAAGGAGAGAACAAGAUCAGGUUUUUGGGUUGUUGUUGACCUUGGAUCCGUCAUACAAGGAUGUGAUUGCACACCUUCUGAGGUCCUCAAAACUACCAAUUAUGGAGGAAGUUUGUGCACAACUUAAAAAAGAAGAAGGAUCCAUGGGUCUUUUUGGCAGGAAAAAGGAGAUUGCCAUGGCACAUAAGGCUGAUGAGGUUAAUGCUAACCGAGCUAUGUACAAAGGGGGAGAAAGGAAGUAUGGUGAAAGGUUUUCGGGUGAGUGUGAUCAUUGUAAGAAACCAGGACACAAGAAGAGCCAAUGCUGGAUACUUCAUCCUCACCUCAAGCCGCCAAAGUUCAACAAAGAUAGGGAGGCAAGAGCUUAUCUUUCUGCUGAAGCAAGUGGAGCUGGUUCAUCCAGAACUAGUUCAAAUGCUCAAGUGGGUGAAAGUGAAGGAAGAGCUUUGACCUCACACCACUUGGGAGGGAAGAACAUGGAGAGUGAGAUGAUCAGGAGGUCUGACAUUGAAUCCCUCAUCAAAGCUCUUAAGGAGCAUGGAUAUUGAAAGCAGUAACUUGAUUGGGCGAAGAGUGACCAGUGGAGACCUCUAUUUGCUUGAAGACAUUGUCCCUAGAUCUAGCUCUUGUUACUCUUUUAAUUUUGUUUCCUCUUUGAAUAAAGAUGCUUUGUGGCAUGCUAGGCUUGGACAUCCUCAUGUUAGAGCCUUAGGUUUAAUGCUACCUGGUGUCAAUUUUAAAAAUAAUGAAUGUGAGGCAUGUAUUUUGGGAAAGCAUUGCAAG